UCACGCCUCGUGCUACUUCGGCAUUGAUGAUUGGUGAAUUGACACGAAAUGCUGUUUCCGUUUCUAGCCAUUCCACAAGCAUUGUUUAUACGGUCCAACUGUAUUGCCAAGUUUAGUAACAAAAUAGUAUCAAUGUUAACUCCCAAAUAACCACAUUUUACAAUCACAACAUACAACUAGAAGAUCAAUAGGUGUAUGUGAGUCUGAUCAUCAACACUCAAGAACCCGCAGCCAAGUUUGGUACAGGAAUAGGCUUUGGUACUUCGUCCGUGGUCUUGUAGCAACUUCUAUGGAAAGCGAAUAAUUUCUAGGCAGAGAUAUUAUAAAUCGCUCCCCCUGUAACUCUACUCUGUAAUAACUUUGGUUUGGGCAAUAUAAGUUCAGGCCGGCGUAAGCCCGCCGUUGACGCGUCAAAAUAAAUAAAUAUUAUAAACCGCUUAUUAGCAGUACAAAUUAUGGGGCCUAAGGAGCAAGUUCUUUGCUUGGCAGAACUCGUUAUUGUUUAUGGGCCCGUCCUUUCUGUCCAUUCAAAUAUGUAUUAACUGAGCAAUAUUGUAAGUCUUUUUGUUUGUGCACAAUAGCUACAAGCUCUACGAUUUCAUUUUAUCAGUGUUAGCCUUAUUCACCGUUAUUAAAAAUAUUGCUUUGAAUGCCAUUUCUUGCCAUCUAAGUUUUCUCUCUAAUUAGUCGCCAUGCAGCUGAUGCAUAGGAAUGUUCCUUUUUGCAUAUCUAGCUGAGGGUCCACGACUGUUGACAUGGGAAAAUGAAAAUCGUUCCCCCAAAUUUCCAAAUUAAGUUCUUGUUACUUGCAUUUUUGUAUGACAAACUUCUGUGCAAUUCUAGAGAGUACAAAUUCUCUUAGAAGACUAUAUGGGGUAAUGGCGUUCAUUUUGGCCUCGCUUACUUGUCUAAAAAAUCCAUGGAGUCAAGAAUGUUUAAGUAUUUCUUAAACUUCAACUGAAAGGAAAUGCUUGAUUUUUUGCAACAAUAUAAGAAGAAUGGUAUACAUUAGUAUGUAAAAUAAUAUUCCAUUAUUAUUAUCUUUCGAUAUGGAUUUCAUGCAUAGUUACACAAGCUUUAUGUUUGUAUGGAAAGGUAAGGACCUGCCCUAUCAGAGUUACAUAGAUUCCUAGAUGAGGGUUUAUAUCCAAAAUAUCGCAUAAUUCUAUUCAAAUGGUCCUGAUGAGAACACAAUAUAUUCCUCUGGCUUUGAAGGCAGGGAUUAGAAUUGAUUUACGCAAUUUCUAAAUUAGGAAGCAAACACACUAGGAUUUUACUCUAUUAUAACUUUUCUCAAGUCGAAUCUGUUCACCAAAUUUCUAAAUUAGAAAGCAAACUUACUAUGCUUGUACUCCUUUAUGAAAUUUCUAAAGUCUAUCGUCUUUACCUACUUAUCACUUGAAUUCCGGAUCCAAUCCAAGAUCAAGGAAACCGGUUGCGCAAAUUUUGAAUAGAACAAUAAAGCCAUCAGACGGCCAAACAUCGAAACCUUGCCACUUGUUCCCCAGCCUUCCUUCCUCCAAUUCCCACACCUCAGGUCAGAUCCCUUAGAUCCAGUUUGAAAUCAAGCGAAGAAACUGCGAGAACUUGUCAAAAACAAAAAACUCCCUGAGAUUCACUCAUGCAACCUUGGCGCUUGUCUGGUGAUAGAUCCCUCAAAUCCAGUUCCAGGUGCCUCAUUGCUGUCUGGUGAAAUCCCUCAGUCUUUCAGCCUUUAGCAUCGUCCGCUUUGCCAUGGCGUCAUCAGCUUUUAAAAAAAGGCAAGAGACCUGAAGCCAGCCUUGAAGCUGCAUUUGAUAUGCAAAAGAGCGAGCUAAUGGUCCGAGAAAUGGAGGCUGAAAGGCUUGCUGAUAAUGCAGUGAAGAAGGAACUGCUGCAAGUGUGUAAGCGCCCAACAUGCAGAGGGCGAGAGGCAGUGAAACAGCUGCCAUGGCAGCGAAAGGCAAAGGCACUGCCAUGGCAGCUGAUCGGGCCACGCUGGCAGACAAGUGGAUGAAUCAAGGCGAAGGACGCGUCAUCGCCAGGCCAACAAGGAUUCGCCCACCAACUGCAGGUUCAUGGGCCCGGAGGAGGGGCAUCCGGGCUUGGAUCACGGACAUGAAUACCAAGCAAGCUGAGCAGAUGAAAACAAUGGAAAUAAGCCUCAUAGCCAUGACCGAACAGGUUGACAAGUUACGUGCGGAGAUGCAAAAUGCUGACAUGAGAGCACAAGGACUGGUGCAAGUAGCAGCAGGUCAAUCUGGGACGGCACAAGCUCAAGCUGCAUAUGGAAGUGCAUUUAACAAUCUCCCUGCUCAAACAACUCAAGCUUAUGGCAUGCCUUACGCAUACACUAAUCCCAUGGCGGGGUAUCAAGAUGUGCAAGCUAGUGGACAUGCUGGCUACCCAGUUGCCAGUUAUGAUCAGAACGCCAUCCCCUACUAUACAGUCUAUCCUGGCUACCCUGCAGGUUAUGAUCAGAAUGGCGUCCCCUACUAUACUGGCUACCCAGCAGGUGAUGAUCAGAAUGCCAUGCACUUCUAUCUUGUCGCCUAUUCUGCAACUGCGGUGGGCGUCCCAGCAACUGAUGCUGCCAACAUGGACGGUAAUGCUGGAUCUCCUGCCGGCGCCGGGCAGGCCGAAUCGACAGGCCACAUCACACUUGCAUCAGAUGCUCCUUCCGUCGCUGCAAUCGGCUCUCCGCUACUGGAGAUGUGAGAAGCUGAGGUUUGCAAUGCAAAUGAGGUGUCGGCACCUCGUACCAAAUUUCCUUUCAUUUACCGGCAAGACAUUUGUUAUGCCAUUCCUGUGGUGCUAUUAGGACGUAGGGUGCGAUCACCCAAGUUACCUGGAUUUUGGACUUGCAUUUUCUUUUGCUUGUCGUCGUUCCUGACUGGACUGAUGGACCGCAGACACAUCACUCAUUAUUAUCGUGCUUGAA